AUGACCGGCGUAUUUAAAGAACAGCCCAAAAAACACAUCCAACAAAGCUUUCAAAAAGCAUUUGACAAUCUUUCUUUAUCCGCCAGUACGAUAAUCAAGCGACGUACUUCAGAUGGAGACCAGACCAGACAAACCGCAGAAGCUGCCCAGCGAUUGUCCACAAAACCACUACCUCAGCUAUCACAUAGCCUCACUGCCACAAAACCUCAUCCUAGUUUACCAGAACCAUCAAAGUUUGGAUAUUGUCCUGAGAUCUUGUCCGGUACAGAUCACUACAGCCGCAGCCAAAAAUAUAACCCCAGUUACAAUACCCUGCCUUUCAAACCUGACUCUUUAAGCUUCAAAAAGACUCGUCCGGGUUCCACGACUUCUCUACAAUCCGAAUAUUCAUACUCCUCUGACACUCACCCCUGGAGACUCGAAACCUUUGUGAAUGGCGAGUUUAAAGAAAACUCCAAGGAUGACGAAUGUCGUAAUUCUGCAAUUGCAAGUGAAAAGAGAGAUAUUUAUGGAUUCAAAUUACCGACCCAAUGGGUAAAGCAACAAUACCUAGAUCAAUUUGAUACCUAUUAUCAACCUAUUCUUGACAGUCAAGAACAGCGGUGGAAGAUUUACUUAUCAGAGCAAAAGUCUGAGUGGCCACCACUUGAUUCAAAACUCAAAAGAUAUACUCGUAAAGGUAUUCCAAAUCAUCUCAGAGGAAAGGCAUGGUUUCAUUACAGUGGAGCAAAAACAAAGAUGGAAAAUAAUCCAAUGUUAUUUGAUUCCUUGCUAAAGACAGCUAUUUCAAUGGGAGAGCACAACGAAUACGCCGAAAUUAUCCAUCGUGAUCUACACCGUACAUUUCCUGACAAUCAUCGGUUUCAAUGUGCUGUGUCUAGUACGGAUGGUUCGGCCGUCAUGAUGCCAGAAAGCAACCCUACCCUGAUGGCCCUCGAGCGAGUCUUGUUGGCCUAUAGUAUCUAUUCACCUCAGGUAGGAUACUGUCAAUCGCUCAACUAUAUUGUUGGCUUCUUCUUGCUGUUUCUGGAGACAGCAUCGGAAGAAGAGGCGUUUUGGAUGUUGGUUGUCACGGUACAUGACUAUUUCCCAGAAAAUAUGUAUGAUGUUACGAUGGAAGGAGCCAAUAUUGAUCAGACUGUCCUGAUGCUCAUGAUAUCCGAGCGACUUCCGGCCGUGUGGAAUAAGAUUGCAAACGGAAAGUCAUUCUGGGAAUGUGAGCAGGCUGACUGUCUACCACCUGUUACUCUGGUCACUGGUCAUUGGUUUCUUACCUUGUUUAUCAAUAUUCUUCCAGUCGAGGGCCACAUCGUCAUGUUCAAGGUUGCUUUGGCAAUUUUCAAGCUCAAUGAACACAACAUAGGGGAUCUUGAAGAUCCUGUAGAUGUCUUUAGGAUUCUUCAAAAUAUGCCACGCCGUUUAAUAGACUGUCACAGGCUGAUGGAGUAUGUAUUCAAUCCCUCGAGUAUUUCAGCAGACCUCUGUCCAAAAGAUAUUCAAUCUAAACGAAGCCUAUUUCGAGAACAGCGUAAACAAAGACGCGUUUCUGCCACUCUACUAAUAAAUAAGAAAAGAAUCAAUGGUGAGAGGACAAAAUCAACUAUGUUGUGA